UGCAGCUAAUCUAAACAACACCCAUGGAACUCCAACACCUUUAUCCUUCCAUUAUUGCCUUAGCAAUUGCUCUGUGUGUAUUUAUUCAUUAUUAUGUGGGACGCAAUACCAACUCCGGGACGACACGUAGGUUACCGCAGGAAGCGGGUGGCGCGUGGCCAAUUCUCGGCCACCUUCACAUCUUCAGUGGCUCUAAGCUUCCGCAUGUUGCCCUGGGAAACAUGGCAGACAAGUAUGGACCAGCUUUCACUAUCCGGAUCGGCGUGCACAGAGUGUUGGUGGUCAGUGACUGGAAAUUGGCCAAACAGCUCUCCACUGUCCACGACGUUAACAUUUCAACUCGUCCCAGGUUUCGAGCCGCCAAACAUUUGGGCUAUGACUAUAUAAUGUUUGCUUUCUCCCCCUACGGUCCUUACUGGCGCCAAAUGCGAAAACUUACUUCCACCGAGCUACUCUCCGCCCGGCGGCUUGAGCAGCUGAAGCACAUAAGAGUGGCCGAGAUCGAGACCUCUCUAAAGGAGCUCUAUAAGCUUUGGACGGAAAACAAAAAUUCCGACGACCAUUCUGGUCGUGUUUUGGUGGAAAUGAAGAAGUGGUUCGGGGACCUAACUUUCAACGUCUUCCUUCAAAUGGUGGUCGGAAAACGAUAUUUCGGUACGACGGCGGUUGGUGAUGAAAAACAGGGGCGGCGUUGCCAGAAGGCAUUGAGGGAAUUUUUCAACUUUCUUGGGGUUUUUGUACCCGCCGAUGCCCUGCCUUUUUUGAGACGGUUAGAUAUCGGAGGGUAUGAGAAAGCCAUGAAAGAAGUUGCUAAAGAAAUGGACUCUCUUGUUGAGGAAUGGUUACAAGAACAUCGUCUGAAGAAAGAGACAACUGGCAACGAGGAAGAAGAUUUCAUUGAUGCGAUUCUUUCGCGAAUAGAAUGGAUUGAUCUUAAUGGUUUUAGUGCUGAUAGUGUUAUCAAAUCAACCUGCAUGACUUUGAUGGCUGGGGGUGCAGACACCGUCACGACCAUGCUAACGUGGGCUCUAUCUUUGAUGAUGAACCAUCCGCAUGUCUUGAAGAUGGCUCAGGAGGAACUAGAUAUGGUAGUUGGCAAGGAAAGAAGGGUAAAUGAAUCAGAUAUUAAGAAUUUGAUGUAUCUUCAAGCUGUUGUUAAAGAAACAUUAAGGUUGUAUCCGGCGGGUCCUCUUGGAGCUCCAAGAAUCUUCACCAAAGAUUGCACCCUAUCAGAAUUUCAUAUUCCAAAUGAUACUUGGCUAUUCAUUAAUAUCUGGAAAAUCCAACGAGAUCCACAGAUUUGGUCUAGCCCGGAUGAAUUCAAACCUGAGAGGUUUACUAAUAGUCAUAAAGACCAUGAUGUUUUGGGGCAAGACUUUGAGUUGAUCCCGUUUGGUGUGGGUAGAAGAAUAUGCCCGGGAACAAAUUUUGGUCUUCAAAUGUUGCACUUGGUGUUGGCUAAUUUGUUACAUUCAUUUGAACUUUCAAAUGUCUCUAAUAGAGGAAUUGAUAUGACAGAGAAAACUGGACUAACCAACGUCAAAGCCACACCACUUGAAAUUUUCAUUGCUCCCCGCCUAACUGCUUAUCUUUAUUAGUCACCACAGAUUAAUAUGUAUUUGUAAUUGUGUACGAAUCUAUGUAUAAUACCAUGCAGUGUAUUUAUGUAUACCAUGUAUUUCAUGGACGUGAUGAUUUCCUUAAUAGAAGGGAUAGAUCUUAACGGUUACAAUGCUGACACGGUCACGAAAUCUGCUUGCAUAAAUAUGGUUGCUGGAGGAGCAGAUACGAUCAAAGUGAUGCUAAUAUGGACUCUGUCAUUGAUAAUGAACCACCCUAAUGUGCUGAAGAAGGUCCAAGAAGAAUUAGACAUGGUAAUUGGCAUGGAAAGGAAAGAAGGAUAAACGAAUCAAUAUAAAUAGUCUAAUUUAUCUUCAAGUCAUCGUCAAAGAAACAUUAAGGUUGUAUCUUACCAGGACCGUUGGAGGCUAUAGAAUAUUCACUAAAGAUUGCACAAUAUCUGAUUUUCAUGUUCCAAAAGGCACUUGGUUAUUAGUUAACUUGUGGAAACUCCAUCGAGAUCCAUAAGUUUGGUCUGAUCCUCUUGAGUUCAAA